AUGUUACGAACAUUUUUAAAUAAACAGAUAUGGAAGUUAGCUACUACAUCGAAGGGAACGACGCACACAGUUUUUAAUCCACUGAUUUCACUACAAAGACUCUUCAAUGAACACAAAAGAUCCUCCACAAUUUAUGCACUUUCUUCUGGAUAUGGUAAAUGUGGAGUAGCAGUUAUUCGAAUAUCUGGUCCAGAAGCAUCAAUAGCUUUAAAAAAAAUGACAAAAAUAUCUAAUUUAAAACCUAGAAUAGCUCUUUUAAGAAAAAUUCAUGAUCCUGAGACAAAGGAUGUUUUAGACAAAGGACUCUGCCUUUGGUUUCCAGGACCUAAUUCAUUUACUGGAGAGGAUUCUGUAGAAUUUCAUGCACAUGGUGGUCCUGCAGUAAUAACAUCAAUUCUCAGUGCACUUGUAAAGUUACAUUUUCAACUUGCACCACCUGGAGAAUUCACAAAGAGAGCUUUUUUAAAUGGAAAAUUGGAUUUAACUGAAGCAGAAGGUAUAGGAGAUUUAAUUGAUGCAGAAACUGAGAAACAACGCAAGCAGGCUUCUAAUCAAGCUAGUGGUUCUCUCCAUCGUCUCUAUGAUACUUGGCGUAUAACUUUCUUAAACAUUCUUGCUAAUUUGGAAGCAUAUAUUGAGUUUUCUGAGGAGCACAAUCUAGAAUCUAAUGUCUUAGAAAAUAUUAGAACUAUUGUGCAGAAAUUAUCAAUAGAAAUUGAACAACAUCUCUCUGAUGGAAGGAAGGGAGAAAUUUUACGUACUGGAGUACGUGUAACAAUCCUGGGAGAACCUAAUGUAGGAAAAAGUAGUCUUUUAAAUCUUCUUUCUCAAAGAGAUGCAGCUAUUGUCACAUCUUCUCCAGGAACAACAAGAGAUAUUAUAGAGUUAACAACAAAUAUUUGUGGAUAUCCAAUGAUUCUUGCAGAUACUGCAGGAAUUAGACAUGAUCCAGAAAAUGAAAUAGAAGCAGAAGGCAUUAGAAGAGCAAAAGAAUAUUCAAAAAAAGCAGAUUUUAUUGUGUAUGUAAUUAAUGCAGAAAGUAGUUUUAAAAGUACUGUAAAAGAGUAUUUAGAACGUUAUAAAAACUUUCUGAAGGUAGAUAAAGAAAGAGUUCUUAUAGUACUAAAUAAAAUAGAUUUGCUUAAAGAAGAAGAAAAAACAAAGUGGAGAAAGCAAAAUGUUGUUCCUAUUUCGUGUAAGACACAAGAAGGUUUACAGGAAAUUACAAAUGCAUUAGGACAAUGUUUUGAAAAAAUAUGUGGUGAUCCUUCUGAAGAAAAUCCUGUAAUCAGUCAUGCACGAUAUAGAAGUCAUUUAUUGCAUGUUCUAGAGUAUCUUCAAGAAUAUUUAAAGAAAACUGAAGUACCAAAUUAUGAUAUGGCUAUAUCUUUACAGGAAAUUAGAGGUGCAGCAAGAGAGCUUGGAAAAAUAACUGGUUCUAUUAGUAAU